AGCGAAAUCGAUCCGGGAACAGGUACAACUGAAAGAGGUACCAAAGAUAGGCAUCAUAUGUGGUUCAGGUUUAAGCAACAUUGCAAACUGUAUUGAACAAGCAGAAAUAUUACCUUACAAUAAAAUUCCUGGCUUCCCAACCACACAUGUUAUUGGCCACAAAGGUAAUUUAGUGUUCGGCUACAUGAACGGAAAAUAUGUUAUAUGUAUACAGGGAAGAUUUCAUCCGUACGAACACGAAAUGGACAUGGCGCUGUGUGCGAUGCCAGUAAGAAUAUCACGCUUGCUGGGAGUGGAAACACUACUUGUAUCAAAUGCAGCUGGCGGGUUGAACUCUGAUUUCAAAGUGGGUGAUUUGAUGAUAAUCAAGGAUCAUAUAUUUUUGCCAGGCCUAGCCGGAUUUUCACCUUUUGUUGGUCAACAUGAUCAAAGAUUCGGUGAACGUUUUGUUUCUCUUCAUGAAGCUUACGAUCCAAAACUCAGAAAAUUAGCCAUGGAAAUAGCUAAACGACAAAAAAUCCGAAUUUAUGAAGGUGUUUAUGCAAUGAGCGGCGGUCCACAAUUCGAAUCACCUGCUGAAAUACGAAUGUUGAAGAUAAUAGGAACAGAUGCCAUUGGCAUGUCAACAUGCCAUGAAGUGGUUGUCGCAUGUCAGAUGGGAAUGAGAGUUUUCGGCUGCUCACUUAUUACUAACAUAGCAAACCUGGAUACCGAGAAGUCAGUGAUGGCGACGCAUGAGGAGGUGUUGAAAGUAGGAAAGGAAGCACAGAAGAAGACCAGCAAUUUUAUUUACGAAAUUGUCAAAAAUUUAUGA